AUGAAAGCCGAGCAUGCUCUCAGCAGGGGAAAACUCACCUCUCUCGAACUAGAAUCUGAGGAGGCUCACGCCUCGGCAAAGAGGAUGCCUAAGUUAGAUGUUGAAAAGGCGAUUCUACAAGAAGAACUUGAGUUUGAUCGCGGAAAUAAGUUGAUGCUAGAGGCCCAAGUCGGCGGCCCGGCGCAUUGGACUCGGGAAAGGCUUCGAGCUGAUGGGAAAAUUUCAGACUGCGAUGAGGUCAUGCUGGAAAGACUUAAAGUGGCGAGUGAGAAGCUACCCAGCCCGCUCACAAAUGUUGAGACCUUUGUGAAGGCUGGCCCAGGCGAAGUCGCCGGAGAGAUCGAUACCCGAGAAAUUGAUCUUGAGAUCUCGGCCGAGGAGAGUGACUUUAGAUUUGAAGCGACUGGUGGUUGA